CACCACUUCACGCGCCUCAAUCAUUACGUUUGUUUUCACAUUUAAACGACACUUAAGUGCCCACUGGCCACUUCCAUUGACACCCAUUAUUACUCUGUCUGUGUCCUCUCUUUUAAAACCUAAUCCUCUGUGAAACUUUUCCAGUUAAAAUCUUUUGCAAUGUCUAAAGCAGUUCUAUUGGUCGCUCUCUGCUUUUUACCGGCUCUAGCCAUCGCGGCUAGACCGAACAAGAACCCUUUCGUCGUGCGAGGCCGUGUCUAUUGCGACACUUGCCUCGCUGGUUUCGAAACUCCAGCCUCUACUUACAUCUCCGGUGCAGUGGUUAGAUUGGAAUGUAAAGACAGGAGAACAAUGGAGUUAACGUAUAGCCACGAGGCGAGAACUGACUCGACAGGAUCAUACAAGAUCUUGGUUAACGAGGAUCAUGAUGAGCAGUUCUGUGAUGCAAUGUUGGUUCGUAGCUCUCAGUUACGGUGUUCCAAUGUGUCCCCUGGUCAUGACCGUGCCCGUGUGACUCUCACUCGCUUCAACGGUAUUGCUUCUGACGACCGUUUUGCUAACAACAUGGGAUUUCUAAGGGAUGCAGCUAUGCCGGGUUGUGCGGAUAUCAUGAAGCUAUACCAAGAAACCGAGGACUAGUUUCUCUGUUUUGUUAAGUAUGUGGUAUUAAAAUGUAUUGCAGCUUGUGUUAUGUGCAUUUUAUCUGUGACGGUUUUAUUACUAAUCGAAAAAAAUACAUAUUGAAUCUCA